CGCUUGAGCUCGUGUUCAUUUGGGAUGAAGCAUGGCGCAGCAAGAGGUGGUGGGAGAUUGGCAACUCUCAGGAUCCUGAGGAGCGCAGGAAACGAGGCAAAGAAGCUGACUUUCAGAAGGCCUGUGCUGAACGACAUGAGGAGAUGCGGAAGGUCUAUGAAUCUGCCAUGUCUCAGGAUUCGGAACAGCGCUGGCUGCGGAAAGUGAGCUCUGAUGGAACUUCAGCGGAUAAAGUUGCAUCCCUGACUAUGCUGGUCCAACUCUGCCCCGUAUUCUCGACAGGCUACAUCAAGGCACUGUUGGCAAUGGCUGGCCGGACUACACGCAGUGACUCAAGCAUGGCCAUCGAUGCAUUGAAGGAGCUGUUUCAUGGCACAUUGCUGCCAGACCGGAAAUUGAAGACGCUCCAACAGAUGGAGCCUGUGUCCCCGAAAGGUUUGAAAAAGUCAACCUUCACUGAGAUUUGCGUUGUCAGCUUUUUCGAGGACUACUUGAAGACUGCAUACGCAGCGUUCGUGCAGAUCCUCGCAGCAGCUGGGCACAAUACAGUGGUGUUCAUCAAGAACCGAGCUGUGAAAACUGCCUAUGACCUUCUGUCUGCAAAGCCAGAACAAGAAAAGGCCCUGUUGUCCAUGUUGAUCAACAAGCUGGGUGACUCCUCUAGCAAGGUUUCAUCCAAUGUUUCCUGGUGCAUCAAAGAGCUGCUGAAACAACAUCCUGGCAUGAAGUUGCCCGUGCUCAAGGAGGCGGAAGCCUUUUUGGCGCGACCAAAUAUCACAGCGAAUUCCAAAUACUUUGCUUUGCUGCUUCUGUCCGAGAUAACCUUCAGCCAGAAGGAUGGGCAGGUGGCUUCGCGUUUGGUGCGACUUUUCGUGUCCCAGUUGGAAGUGGCACUCCGAAAACCGAAGCUCAGCAAAAAGGAGUUCCAGCGAAGAAAGAGAGGCCUUGCCCCGAAGAAGCAGAAGGUCCAGCCGCUUCGGGAGGAGGACAACAAAUUGGUGCGGACGCUCAUCAAUGGCAUUCGCCGUGCCAUGCCCUAUGUCGAUGCUGUUGGUGGCGCACCGUUGGAGGAGGAGACAGUGAAUUCACUGUUCAAAGUCUGCCAUACGGUGAAUGCUUACUCCACAAGAGCCAGUAUCCUGGGUUUGCUGUACCGAGGGCUUGGUGCUGGCGAUCCGCCAGACCGCUUCUACAGGCUUUUGUAUGAGCAGAUUGGGAACUUUGAUUUCUUCACCAGCUCCCAUUCGUGGCAAGCCUUCACGUUGCUGCAGAAGUGUGUGCCAGCGGAUGCUUCUUGCGCAAGAGGAGUGGCAGUAGCGCGGCGCCUUCUGCAGCUCGGCGUUGGCACGGAACCGAUGAUCACUGUGGCUUCCCUGGGAGUGAUGCGAGAUUUGUUUGCUGUCCGGAGGAUAGAGAUGCUGCCCUUGAUGCACACAGUCGACCGAAAGGUUAUUCCCGCUGAAGAGGAAGGCACCGGCAAUGUUGAGGAGGAACAUUUUGUGGAUGACGAUGUGGCACAAGCAUCCAAGGCUCCCAAGGACACACAUUACGACCCCAUGGCACGAGAGCCGCGCUUCGCCAGGGCACGCAACGCCCCGUUUUGGGAAUUGCAGGCUUUGUCGAGCCAUGUUCAUCCAAGUGUCUCACACUAUGCCCAGAAAUUACUGCGUGCUGAAGCCUACCAGGACGCGCCAGCGAAUCCAUUCGACGUUUUCUCUGUCUCGGAACUGCUGGACCAAUUUGCCUAUCACUCCCGCGUCAAGCGCGAACGGAGAACAGGCAAGAAAAUUGAAGGAGUCAAAUCUGCCACCAUGAACUCUGAGACAUUCCUGAAGCGAAAGUCAUCACAGCCCCAUGAAAGGUUCUUCAAGUCGUACUUCACAGAUCCAAAAGUGAGAAAAGAACAAGAGCGAAAAAGAAAAGCCAGAAAGAAAGAAGUGGACGAUGUGGAUGAAGAGGAGGAUGGACAGGAGGAGGACGAGUUCUUUGAUGAGUACUUGAAAGGAGAAAUGCAGGAUGCCGACGACGAUGACGAGGACGAUGUGGAUCCUGACGACGAUGACGAUGACGAUGAUGACAUCGAUGAUGAGGGCUUCGAUGACGAAGGUCCUGAGGACGACCAGGAGCAAGGCACCUCAGAUGAAAGUGAAGCGGGCGUCUUUUGCGACGCUGACGUCGAUGAAGACGACGUUGUAAAGAGCACAGCGAGAGGGAAGAAGGCGAAGCAGACCAGGAAGGAGAAGCUGAAAGAAAUCCGUAAGAAACAUAAGGGCUCAGCCUCGAU